UAAAUAAAUACCCGCAAAUUUAACCGCGAAAUCUAAACAUCAAUUUGAAUUUUCGAAAGAAGAAAGAAUUCGAUGAAGAAGAGAGGAAGAAAACCCAAAGUUUCCGAUCUCCUCAAAUCACCGUCACCGUCGCCAAUAGCUUCUCCGGUGGAAAGUUCACCGAAAUCAGCACUCUUCACGAGAACCGCUUCCACUUCCAAAGGCGUGAAGAGAGUAGCCGCCGCUCUUACCACCACCCCUUCUCCGCCACGCACCACUCACAAAGCUCAGAACAACAUCUCCGAUCUCAAAAGCCUCGCGUCUUCAACUAUCGACGAACUCAAACGCCGCAUCGAUCGUUCUCACUCUGAGAUUCUCAAAGAUCUCGAAGCUUCUCAUUCUCGUCUUCACAAGCGUUUCAAGAGUCAAGGAUGCCAGCAAGCGAUGGAUGAAGCUGAGAAGGAUUACAAGAAGUUGUCUGAGCGGAUUACUGAAAGUCGAGAGGCGAUGAAGGCUUCUUAUGAAGAGUUUAUGGCUGAGGCACAGGCUACUGCAAAUCGUGCAUGCAAAACUUCUAUAAAUGAGCUUUCGCAGAAGUAUGAGAAGGCUAUUGAUUCUCUUCGAAACCGUCAUGGGAUUUCAUCAAACUAGCUAUAUCAUUUGGUGGGUGUGUACUGAUUGCUUUAUGGAAAGAUAGAAGAAGAGCUGCCUGGAUUCUGGAGGGCCAUAUGGGUGGAUUAAAAGGAAGACUUAUUAUCCAGUGGUUUUAUAUUUUCAACUUCGUUUUGUUAUUCUCAUAUACUUCUACAUUGCAAAAGAAAAAAAAUUAGGAAAUACUCAGUUCAUUACUAGUACUGUCAAAUAUUAGGCUGUUGCGUCACCAAAAAAACAAAUACUUGGCUGUUGAUAAUUGUGAUCUUGAUGCAUGUAUGUGUAUGUAACUAUUUGGAGGAAGCAAGAUUGAAUCUAGAUUUUGACAUGUUGGAUGUUUUUUUGAAUAUAAUUGAUUUUGUCUCGAUAA